AUGGCAGGCUUCGUCAACCGCGAAAACCGUGUUCCCCACUACCAGCGCUUGUUCCAGGAGGGAGCCAGACAACAUGUCCGUCAAUGGAACCAGACUCCUAAGAGCAAGAUCAUGCUGUACCCAUACUACGCCGCUCUCUUCGGUGGUCUCGCUGGCUCGAUGUACAUGAUGGUCAGAUUGACCCUCGGACACAAGACCUGGUUCGGCAAGAACUAG